AUGGGACGGAUCCUCGUGCAGGAGUUCAUCACCAGCGAUUACCGAGACCGCGUGCAAGCCGUUCUCACAGCGGCAAUUGGGGGGUCCGAGACAGCAAACUUCGAAUUCCCCUUGUUGACCAGAGACGGCCAGACAGUGGACAUCCUGUUGAACGCCACCACCCGUCGUGAUACCAGCGGGAACGUGACGGGAGUGGUCGGAGUAGGCCAGGAUAUCACGGCGAUGAGAAAGGCCUUGACGGAGAGCAAAAUCGUUGCCGACGAUCUGUCCCGCCUGAUCGAGACCGCAAACGCUCCGAUAUUUGGGGUAAAUGUGGAUGGGCGUGUGACUGAAUGGAACAAGAAGGCGGCCGACUUGUCGAUGUUCCCCAAAGAGGAGACAAUGGGCAAACUCCUGGUGGACGACUUCAUCACUCCAGAGUUCCGAGAGCGCGUCCAGCAAGUCCUGAUCUCAGCAUGCCAGGGGCUGGAGACAGCAAAUUUCGAGUUUCCUCUGAUGGCCAAGGAUGGGAAACGCAGGGACAUCCUGCUGAACGCGACACCCCGCCGUGAUGCAAAAGGGACAGUGACGGGAGUGCUGGGUGUCGGGCAGGAUAUCACGAACAUGCGCAAGGCGCUCGAAGAGAGCAAAACAAUUGCAGAAGACUUGUACCGUCUGAUCGAAACGGCCAACGCCCCCAUCUUUGGAGUGACCUUGGAUGGUCGCGUGUCGGAAUGGAACAGAAAGGCAGCUGAUUUGACAGGGUACCCUAAGGAAGAGUCCACGGGGAAGAUCAUGGUGGAGGAGUUCGUGGCCCAAGAGUAUCGAGAAGAUGUCCAAACAGUCCUUAUGAAAGCGUGUCGUGGAUCCGAGACCACCAAUUUUGAGUUCCCUCUGAUCACAAAGACUGGGCAACGAAUUGAUAUUCUGCUGAAUGCCACCACGCGACGCGAUGCUGAUGGCAAGGUAGUUGGAGUUGUCGGGGUUGGGCAGGACAUUACUGAAAUUCGCAAGGUUUUGACAGAGAGCAAGACCAUUGCAGAAGAUUUGUCCCGGUUGAUUGAAACUGCGAACGCCCCCAUUUUCGGGGUAAGCGUGGAUGGCCGAGUCACAGAAUGGAACGCCAAAGCCGCAGCUUUGACAAAUUAUUCCAAGGAGGAGACUAUGGGGAAAUUGCUGGUGAACCAGUUCAUCACUCAAGAGUACCAACAGCAGGUGCAGGCUGUCCUGAAUUCAGCAUGCUCUGGAUCAGAGACUGCUAAUUUUGAGUUCCCGCUUAUGACGAAGGCCGGAAAGCGUAUUGAUGUCCUGCUGAAUGCCACCACGCGGCGCGAUGGGAAUGGUAAAGUAACUGGGGUUGUGGGUGUUGGCCAGGACAUCACAGAGAUCCGCAAGGUUUUGACGGAGAGCAAGUCCAUCGCAGAAGAUCUGUCGCGGUUGAUUGAGACAGCCAAUGCUCCCAUCUUCGGCGUCAGCGUAGACGGCCGAGUGACCGAGUGGAACAGAAAGGCCGCGGCGCUGUCCAUGUACCCCCCAGAGGAGACGAUGGGCAGGCUACUGGUUGAUGACUUCAUCACCAAGGACUACAAACAGCAAGUUCAGGCUGUCUUGACCCAAGCCUGUCAAGGCUUCGAGACGGCGAAUUUCGAGUUCCCUCUCAUGACAAAGGACGGCAGGCAAGUCGACCUGCUGCUCAACGCCACGCCGCGCCGAGACGCUGGUGGCAACGUCACUGGUGUGGUGGGUGUCGGCCAGGACAUCACGCUGAUGCGGAAGGCUCUCACGGAGAGCAAGACCGUGGCGGAGGACCUGUCGCGGCUCAUCGAGACUGCCAACGCUCCGAUCCUUGGCGUCGGCGUCGAUGGGCGCGUCACGGAGUGGAACGCGAAGGCAGCUGAAUUGACGAAGUUCCCCAAGGGAGAGACCAUGGGUAGGAGCCUGGUGGAGGACUUUAUCACCGCAGAGUACCGGGACCGAGUUCAGUUGGUCCUGACCGACGCUUGCAGCGGUUGGGAGACAGCCAAUUUCGAGUUCCCCCUCAUGACCAAAGAUGGGAAGAGAAUUGACAUUCUCCUCAACGCUACUACCCGGCGAGAUGCACGUGGCAACAUAACGGGCGUUGUUGGGGUCGGCCAGGACAUCACGAAGUUGCGUCAGGGCAUGGAGGAGAGCAAGAAUCUUGCAGAAGGCUUAGCUCGUCUCAUUGAGACCGCCAACGCCCCAAUCUUCGGCGUCAGCGUGGACGGGCUGGUCACAGAGUGGAACAGGAAGGCCGUUGAUUUGACGAUGUAUUCGAAGGAGGAGACCAUGGGCAAGAACCUGGUAGAUGGCUUUAUCACCGAGGAAUACAAAGAUCGAGUGCAGAACGUACUGACCCAAGCCUGCCUGGGCCAAGAGACUGCCAACUUUGAGUUUCCGCUCUCGACCAAGGACGGGAAGCGCAUAGACAUCCUUCUCAACGCAACGACGCGGCGCGACGCCAGGGGCAUGAUCACAGGGGUUGUCGGAGUUGGCCAGGACAUCACAAGCAUGCGCACGGCUCUGACAAAGAGCAAGAGCCUCGCCGACAGCCUAGCCCGGCUGAUCGAAACCGCCAACGCCCCAAUCUUCGGGGUGGACACGGACGGCAGAGUCACGGAGUGGAACAGGAAGGCUGCGGACCUGACGAGGUACUCCAAAGAGGAGACCCUGGGCAGGAUGCUGGUGGACGACUUCAUCACGCAGGACUACAAGGAGCGGGUUCAGCUCGUCCUCACCCAGGCGAGCCGGGGUUCCGAGACGGCCAACUUUGAGUUCCCGCUCCUGACCAAGGAGGGCAAGCGGAUUGACAUCCUCCUGAACGCCUCGACGCAGCGGGACGCCGAGGGGACGAUCACCGGGGUGGUCGGUGUGGGCCAGGACAUCACGAACCUGCGCAAGGCCCUGACCGAGGCGCAGAACCUGGCAGAGGGCCUGUCGCGCCUGAUCGAGACGGCGAACGCGCCCAUCUUCGGGGUGGGCGUCGACGGCCGCGUGACGGAGUGGAACAAGAAGGCCGCCGACCUGUCCAAUUUCUCGAAGGAGGAGACGAUGGGCCGGCUCCUCGUGGAGGAGUUCAUCACCGAGGAGCACCGGGACCGGGUCCAGAACGUGCUGAACAUGGCCUGCAUGGGCAUGGAGACGGCGAAUUUCGAGUUCCCCCUCAUGACCAAAGGUGGCAGGCGCACGGACAUCCUCCUCAACGCCACGGCCCGCCGGGAUGCCGAGGGCAAGAUAACUGGCGUGCUGGGCGUCGGACAGGACAUCACCAGCAUACGCAGGGCGCUUACAGAGAGCAAGACGGUCGCCGAGGACCUCUCGCGCCUCAUCGAGACGGCCAACGCGCCGAUCUUCGGCGUCGGGGUGAACGGACGAGUCACGGAGUGGAAUAGGAAGGCGGCGGAGCUGUCGAAGUAUACCAAGGAGGAGACCGUCGGGAGGCUGCUGGUGGACGAGUUCAUCCUCCAGGAGCACAAGGCGCGGGUCCAGGCCGUCCUCACGAAGGCCUGCGAGGGCGAGGAGACGGCCAACUUCGAGUUCCCCCUGAUGACCAAGGACAAGCUUCAGAUCGACAUCCUGCUGAAUGCCACGCCGCGCCGUGACGAGCAGGGGAACGUCACGGGCGUCGUGGGCGUCGGCCAGGACAUCACCAACAUGAGGAAGGCGCUGAACGAGACCAGGAGGAUUGCCGAAGAUCUCUCCCGCCUGAUCGAGACUGCCAACGCCCCAAUUUUUGGAGUCAGCGUGGAUGGCCAGGUCACCGAGUGGAAUAGGAAAGCGGCGGAGCUGACUCUCUACUCGAACGAGGAGUCUUUGGGCUGCAAUUUUGUCAAGGCGUUCAUCACGGAGGAGUAUAAAGAGCGAGUGGCGACGGUACUGUCCCGUGCUUGUCAAGGCAUCGACACCGCGAACUUCGAGUGCCCGCUGAUGACAAAGGAUGACAGGCAGAUCGACAUUUUGCUCAAUGCCACGACCCGACGCGAUGCUGAUGGUAAUAUCACAGGGGUUGUGGGCGUUGGUCAGGACAUCACUAUCAUGCGCAAGGCGCUCACUGACACCAAGACGGUCGCUGAGGAUCUCUCUCGCCUGAUCGAAACAGCAAACGCGCCCAUCUUUGGUGUGGACGUGGAGGGCCGUGUGACCGAGUGGAACCAGAACGCAGCUACUCUGACCAUGUAUUCCAGGGAGGAAACAAUGGGAAAGCUUCUGGUUGACGAGUUCAUCACGCAGGACUUCCAGGCCCAGGUGCAGACCGUGCUCACGGAGGCCUGCCAGGGGCUGGAGAGAGCCAACUUCGAGCUCCCCCUGAUGACGAAGGACAGGCGAAGAAUCGAUGUCUUGCUCAACGCCACUCCGCGCCGCGACGCGGACGGCAACGUCACAGGAGUGGUCGGCGUCGGGCAGGACAUCACUGAGAUGCGGAAUAUCCUCACGCAGAGCAAGACCGUGGCGGAGGAUCUUUCGAGGCUGAUUGAAACUGCCAAUGCUCCAAUCUUCGGGGUCAGCGUGGACGGCUGGGUCACCGAGUGGAACAGAAAGGCGGCUGAACUGACCGGUUACCCCAAAGAGGAAACGAUGGGCCGGAGCUUGAUAGACGACUUCAUCACGCAGGACUACAGGGAGCAGGUGCAGGUAGUCCUGACGCAAGCGUGCCAGGGUACAGAGACCGCAAACUUCGAGUUCCCCCUGAUGACCAAGGACGGAAGACGAAUCGACGUCCUGCUCAAUGCCACGACACGCCGCGAUGCUGCGGGCAGUAUCACAGGAGUAGUUGGCGUCGGUCAGGACAUCACGAACAUGCGCAGGGCUCUAACCGAGAGUAAGACUCUCGCCGAAGACCUGUCUCGCCUGAUCGAGACUGCCAAUGCGCCCAUCUUUGGUGUCAACGUCGAGGGACAUGUCACUGAGUGGAACAGAAAAGCAGCGGAAAUUACAGGGUAUGGCAAGGAUGAGACGAUGGGCCAUCCCCUUGUGAAGGAUUUUAUCACGGCGGAGUACAAAGAGCAGGUACAGGCUGUGCUUACAGCUGCAUGCAAGGGCUCGGAGACCGCCAAUUUCGAGUUUCCCCUGAUGACAAAGGAUGGCAGGCAGAUCGACAUUCUGCUAAACGCUACCACUCGCUGCGAUGCAGACGGCAACGUCAUAGGGGUUGUCGGUGUCGGCCAGGACAUCACAAACAUGCAGAAUGCCCUGAAGGAGAGCAAGACUGUCGCGGAGGAGCUCACCGAGCUGAUCAACACUGCAAACGCCCCCAUCUUCGGCAUCGACUGCGACGGAUGCGUGACCGAGUGGAACAAGAAGUCGGCCGAGCUGUUGGGCUGGACCAAGGAGGAGACCUUUGGGAAGCCGCUGGUGGAGUCCUUCAUCUACUCCGACAGGCGGCAGGAGGUCCAGCACGUCCUGCACGAGGGGCUGGAAGGCCACGAGACGGCGAACUUUGAGUUCCCGCUGUUCACGAAGAACGGGGACAGGCGAGACAUUGUGCUCAACGUCACCCCGCGCCGCAACGUCCAGGGUGUGGUGGUCGGGGUCAUCGGCGUGGGCCAGGACGUCUCCGAGCUGCGGGGCGCCAUCGCAGAGAAGCAGCACCUGGCGGACGACCUGGAGCGCCUUGUGGAGACGGCCAACGCGCCGAUCUUCGGGGUCGACCUCAACCGGUGGGUGAACAUCUGGAACCGCAAGUUCGUGGCCCUGUCCGGCUAUGAGGCCCAGGAGACCUUGGGCAAGCCCUUGGUUGACUUCAUAACAGUGGAUUUCAGGGAGAGUGUCAAGCAAGUCAUGUACAACGCCUGCCAGGGCAUGGGGACGGACAACUUUGAGUUCCCUCUCAUCACGCGGGCCGGGAAGCAGAUCGACCUCCUGCUCAACGCCGCCUGCCGACUGGACGCCAAGGGCAACGUCACGGGCGUGAUCGGCGUGGGGCAGGACAUCACAGUGCUGCGGCAGGCCAUCUCCGAGAGCAGCCGCAUCGCGGACGACCUGUCGCGCCUCAUCGACACGGCCAACGCCCCGAUCCUCGGCGUCGACGUGGUCGGCUGCGUGACCGAGUGGAACCAGAAGUCGGCGGAGAUAUCCGGCUGGACGAAGCAGGAGGCGCUGGGCAAGAAGCUCGUGGACCACUUCAUCUCCAAGGAGUCCGAGUCGCACGUCGGCGAGGCGCUGUCCCGAGCCCUCGCCGGCGAGGAGACGGCUCACUACGACUUCCCCCUGCUCGGCAAGAACGGCCGCACGUGUGAGAUCCUGCUGAACGCCACGCCCCGCCGCGGCGCGGGAGGCGAGAUCAUCGGCGUGAUCGGCGUGGGCCAGGACAUCACCGAGCUCCGGAGCGUGAUUGAGCAGCAGCGCAGCGUCGCGGAGGACCUGAGCCGCUUCAUAGAAACCGCCAACGCCCCGAUCUUCGGCGUGGACCGGGACGGCAAGGUCAACGAGUGGAACCAGAAGGCGGCGACCAUGACGGGCUACACCAAGGACGAGACCAAGGGGCAGCCCCUGGUGGCCAAUUUCAUCAUCCCCGAUUACCAGGACGCCGUGCACGGGGUCCUGGGGAACGCCCUGCUCGGCAGCGACACCUCCAACUUCGAGUUCCCGCUGACCACGAAGAGCGGGCUCCAGGUCUUCAUCCUGCUCAAUGCCACCGCCCGCCGCGAUGCGGAGGGCAAGAUCAUGGGCGCGAUGGGGGUCGGGCAGGACAUCACCGAGCUGCGCAACGCGAUGUCCGUGUCGCAGAGCGCCCUCGACGACCUCACUCGCCUGAUCGACACGGCGAACGCCCCAAUCCUCGGCGUCGACACGAACGGGCACGUGAACGAGUGGAACAAGAAAGCCGUCAACCUGACGCGCGUGGACAAGGAGCACAUCCUGGGCAGGUCCCUGGUGACCGAGCUCGUCGACACCGCGGAGGCGGAGCUCGUGCAGGACGCCCUGAACAAGGCCCUGCAGGGCGAGGAGGUCGAGGUCGGGCUGGUGUUGGAGGGUCGUGUCGGAGAUGAUGUGGAGUAA